AAAAAAAAUUAGAGAUUCCUCCGGUUAUAAAAAGACGGGAGUGGAGAAAAAGGUGGCGGUCGGAGUGGUGGAGGUGGUGUUGGGGGGCGGUGAAGCCGAUUCUAAAUCUAAAAAAGAGGUCUUGGGAACAUUCUAUGAGAAAACAUGGUGUUGCCGUGGUGGCUGUCAAAGAUCAGCGACAACUCAUCUUUUCCAUGGCCGCUUUUUAAACCCCUCUCUCUUUUUCUUCCCUUCCUCGGGGCUAAUCAGCUUUUCCUCUGGUUUUUGGUUUUUUAAUCAGCUAAAGAUAAGAGUAUUAGCAUUGUGGUGGUGGCCCUCUCAGGUCGGUUUUUUCUAGGCUUUGUCUCCCACAGCUAUAGUGUGUGUACAUAUAUUAUAUAUUUCCAGUGCUUUGCACUUUGUUUCCACUGUUUUGGAAUCAUCCCUCUUUUGUAUUGAUUCUUCUCUCCACCUUUGCUGCUUAUCUUGGACCAUUCCAUUGCAGUAUUGCACUACCCUUUCACUGUCUACCUCUCUUGUCCUAAGGGUCUUUUCCAUUGGUUUUGAGAGGCCUAUCUGUUAUUUAGUUCUGGUUUCAAGAGUUGAAGUUUUCUUGAGAUUAUUGUGAAGGUGAACGGAGCUGUCAAAAUGAAGUUCAUGAAGCUUGGGUCAAAGCCUGAUCUGUUUCAGAGUGAGGGUGACAAUAUCAGGUAUGUAGCUUCUGAAUUGGCAACUGACAUGGUCAUUGAUGUUGGAAACGUGAGAUUUUAUCUACACAAGUUUCCCCUUCUGUCCAAGAGCGCUCGCUUGCAACGGCUGGUGGCCUCUUCAAAUGGAGAGAACCCCGACGAGAUUAACAUCCCGGAUAUACCCGGUGGAGCUGCUGCAUUUGAAAUAUGUGCAAAGUAUUGUUACGGCAUGACAGUCACUCUUAACCCGUACAACGUGGUUGCCACCCGUUGUGCGGCAGAAUACCUGGAGAUGAACGAAACAGCCGAAAAAGGAAAUCUUAUCUUCAAAAUUGAAGUCUUUCUCACAUCAAGCAUCUUCAGGACCUGGAAAGAUUCUAUCAUUGCCCUUCAGACAACGAGAUCUUUUCUUCCCUGGCCGGAGGAUUUGAAAAUCGUUAAUCGCUGCCUAGACUCCAUUGCUUUUAAAGCAUCAAUCAACCCUGCAGAGGUUGACUGGUCAUAUACCUACAACCGUAGGAAGCUUCCAUUCCAAGACGGAAGCUUCCAUACCCCUGUCCCUGACGACUGGUGGGUGGAGGAUCUUUGUGAGCUUCAUAUAGACUUAUACAAACGAGUCAUAAAGGGUAUAAAGGGUAAAGCAUCUGGUAAGGUGAUCGGAGAAGCGCUGAAAGCAUAUGCUUAUAGGAGGCUGCCGGGGUUCAGUAAGGGCACAAUAAAAGGCAACGAUCCUGUGAAGUGCCGGCACGUGGUUGACACCAUUGUUUGUCUAUUGCCUACUGAGAAAAACGGUGUUCACUGCAGUUUCUUACUGAAACUUCUCCAAGCAUCGAUCGCUUUGGAAUGUGGAGGAACACAGAGAAGGGAGUUGAUCAAAAGGAUAGGAUUGCGGCUGGAAGAGGCUACAGUGGCUGAUCUUCUCAUUCAAGAAUCCAUUGAUAUAGUGCAGGAAGUAGUGGAGCAGUUCGUGAUGGGGGAAGGAAGUGAUCGGGUUGAAUGUAGACAAGACAACGUGUUUGAGUCAAAUGCUUCGAAGACUAAGGUGGCUACGCUGGUUGAUGGAUACCUCAUGGAAGUGGCAAGAGAUCCUAGUCUGCCUUUGCCAAAAUUUGUUGGUCUUGCUGAAAUGGUCUCAGGAUUCCCCAGGAGAUCACAUGAUGGAAUUUACCGCGCGAUUGACAUGUAUCUCAAGGAGCAUCCUGGGAUCACUAAAAGCGAGAGAAAAAGAAUAUGUCGGCUAAUGGAUUGCAAGAAGCUGUCAGCUGAGGGGUGCAUGCAUGCUGUCCAAAACGAGAGACUUCCAUUACGGGCUGUUGUACAGCUUCUGUUCUUCGAGCAACUACGAUCCGCGACCACAUCAUCCGAUGAGGUCAGCAGCAGCAGCACUACUACUACAUCCAACCUACCAGGACGAGGGUCGCUCGGGAGCUCUAGGACCGUCACGGAGGGGGACGAAGAUUGGGAUUCUGUUCGGCCUGUCCCUACAGCGGAGGAGGAAAAGAAGCUCAAAGCCUUAAAAGUGGAGCUUGGUAACCUGAAGCUAAAGGAAAGUGCAAUAUCGAAAACAAGAGCCGUUGCUUCGGAUGAAGUGAAGAGUUUAAUAAUGUCAAAGAAGAAGAAGAUAUUCUCAAAGAAGAUGUGGAGAAGUAACAAAGAUGGACAAAGUGAAAACAGCAGCUCGGACACCUCAGACAGCCCGGCCGCAUCAAGAAGCAGGCGGCAUUCAUUGUCUUCCUAGUUUUUGCAUUAUCAUAUUGUUUAUGUUAUUUUAAUUGUGUGUUUGUGCUUAAUUAAGUAUGUAGAGCAUCUAAUUAAGGAAAAACAGCGUCUGUGUCUCGGUUUUGCAUUCAAUUUUAUCACCUCUAUUGCUAGAAAUGUGGUAAUAUGUUUGUACCGUUGCAUUAGCAGUGCUGUAUAAGAAUUUGUAUUUCCCUGUUUAUCAUCAAUAUGUUGAUUUGUUACAAAAAUGAUGUUUGUAUCCACUCUUAUACUCACU